AUGACUGAGAAAGAGCUUCUUGCAGUGGUGUUUGCUUUUACCAAGUUUAAAACAUACCUUGAGGGUACUAAGGUGAUAGUUUACACCGACCAUUCAGCUUUGAAGUACUUAUUCAAUAAGAAGGAGUCUAAAGCAAGGUUAAUUCGAUGGGCACUACUUCUACAAGAAUUUGACUUGGAGAUUAUUGAUAGGAAGGGUACUGAGAAUCAAGUGGCGGACCAUCUUUCUAGGUUGAGUACUAAUGCUCAACUUAAAUCUAAUGUUGUUAUUGAUAAAGCUUUUCCUGAUGAGCAACUCUUUAAGUAUGUGCUCAUUGGAGCUUCAGAGGUAUUCAUGUAUGUUGGUCAAUUAGAAUUCUUCAAUGGGCAAGCACCUGAUAGACUAAAGAGUUUUGGAAGUGCGCUUUACAUGACUUCAAUGUCUCUAGGAAACUAUGCAAGCAGUUUGAUUGUUGCUAUUGUUAUGAAGAUUUCUCACAGAGAUGGCAAGCCAGGAUGGAUCCCUAGAAACCUUAACAAGGGACGCUUGGACAAGUUCUAUUUUCUUUUGGCUACAUUGACAGUAGCAGAUCUCACUAUCUACAUUGCUUGUGCUAAGGGGUAUAGGCAUGUUAAAUUUGAAGAGAGGAGUGAUGAAGAAAACAAUUGCUAA